AUGGGAAGUGGGAUGGGAAACUCCGACGCGCUGUCUAAAACAUUUGUGGAGAUAUUGGCGACCUCUGCCGCCUUCGGUGUAAAAAAUGCCACAAUUAACUCAACUGUCAACUCCACAAUCAUCAUACCGCCAUUUCUAGAUACGGAGAAUACCUACAUUCCCAGUAUCAUUGUUUUCUUGAUAAACUCCAUUAUUGCUCAGUUCUACGAGUCCGAAAUUCCCGAAAGAAACUUCAAUAUAUUCUUUAGUUAUUUAGUAUCGAGGUAUGCUCUUGUUUGCAUGUUUCUGGCGAUCGUGUUGAAUCGUACGGUUCUCUUUGCGUCCAUCAACAACAAUAACAAUAAUAGAAAUCUUAGACACAAUGUGGAUGGCGCCAAUGGUAUCGAGGUGAAUUUCCAAGGAGAACAGGCGGGACUAAUGGCAAAACUUGGCGUGAAGAUCAAGAACCUUUUUAUCUAUGCCGAAUUUUCGAAGAUCGUAAAGGUGCUUUUGAGAUUUUUAAUCCUUGGGCUCUUAUUUAUCAAUUUAAAGAAAGUGUUAAUAUCUCUAAAUUGUUAUGUGAAGCCAGUCAACAAAAUUCUAUCCAAUUAUGAAUAUUUCAAUUAUUAUCCGGAAGAUGCAGAAGCUAAUAGCUGGUAUUUCCAACCGGUUAGCUAUAAUGUUACCAGGGCCUUUGAGAUAUAUAACUCCACAGUAAUCAUUGGAAGAGGAGGUAAUAUCAACCAUGAUACGAUAAAUUUUGGGAAAAUCGGACCGUCAACGAAUAUUCUUUGGCCACUUUAUCUAACAUUUUGUUUCAGUCAAUUUAUUGAGACUUUUUGCUCGGUGAUAUCAGGAAGCCAGCCUAAUGCCGAUACUUCUUUGACACUUUUUGAACAAUCUUUGGCAUUUCAUGAAUUUGAUUCUACUAGUUGGUCGCCGUUUGAGCUGCCCAUGUAUCCAACCCCAGAGCUUCUCAUUCUUUGUGUCACUUCCAUCCUUAGUCACAUGUCAAUCCAUGUUCUUAAAACCUUUGGCUGGAUGAAAUACCGUCUUUUGGUAUCCACAAUUCUCGGAUUGAGUUUCAUUAGUUAUUAUGUUGCCUCGAUAUUCACUGGGAGAAUCUUGUACUUCCCAUUGGUGGUAAUUAUUUCAUUUUUACCUCAAAUGGGAGUGUUGGUGAUUAUUCUUAUUUGCUGUGUCAUAUACUUUAGCGCCUACGCUAUUGCGAAAACUGACAGUAAUGGUUCGCAUGAAUUGACGUUUACUAAUUUAGGAGUUGAAAACUUGAAUAUCAACUUGAAUGAGGAUUUCAAUAGCGUGGUGAUGAAACUAAGUGUGAUUGCGUUGACCACAGCAACGAAAAAAUCGUAUAUCAAGGAACUUUCAUACAUUGAAUUGCCGGCUUCUACCUGGUUGGAUAUGGAGCUUCAUAGAUUAGAGGAAUCUAGCAGUGAAGCAGGAAAGAAUCGUGGAGAUGCUGAGGAUUCAAUAUAUAAGAAAAAAUUCAUUUCUAGCUACAAUAAUUUCUUUUCAGUACCGCCUGAAUUGAUAACGUUACUCGAAGAAGAAACCCGACUACAGGCAAUGGACCCUAAUAAUAGAAGUACCCAUGAGAAUUGGGAGCUGUCAAGAAAGUUUCACCGGUUUGGGGUAAUUAUGAAGUUUUUCAUGAGACUUUUGUUUGCCCUUGUAUUCAAAAGAAAGUCUAUUUUGCAGAAACAAGAGGCUUUACAACGCAAAAAUGAGCUUUUAAAAAAAUCUGAAAAAUCGCAGAUAUCUCUGGCUAGUGGUUAUAGCAUCGAAGAACAGUCUUUUUAUGAGGAAACCAAUGAUGAAGUUUCCGUUAACUAUGAUAGACUAUUAACUGGGACUUUAGUAACAGAAGAAGAUGAUACCUCAGACUUUGAGUUUGAAGACGAUAAUGAAGAGGAUUUGGAACCACUUGAAUACGAUUCAGAUGAUGAAAGUGAAGCUGAAGCCACUAUUUCAACAGAAACAAGCCUAAUUACGAAAAAUAGAAAAAUUAACAAAUCAUCACAGAAAGAAGUAGAAAAUCACGGUCAUCUCAUUUCGGAGAUCUUCAACCCUAGUGAGGUUCUAUCACUUUUCAUCAAUAAACCAACCAUUAAGGAUGAUAGCAUCACAAAUAUCAAUGAAUUUACAUUCGAUGAGGAGUUUAAGCGAAUUUUAUCAUUCCAUCUUUCACAGGAAUAUGAAGCCUCAUCACUGCGAAUGCAGCAAAAUCAAGAACAAAGGCCAAUAACCAGAUCACUAUACAAAGAGUUGUCAAAUUUGGGCAUGGGUAAUUCUCAGUCUCAGGAUUCAGAAACUGCCAAAUUGAUUCAGUUGAUCGUGGCACAAAGGAAAGGGGGGCUUUCAAAUCACAAACAUAAACCUUCGCGGAAAAACGAUGUUGAGGAGGAUGGUGAUGAUGAAGAUUUUGAAGAUGAAUCAUUUUCUAAGGAGUACACCUGCGUGAUUUGUCAAACCCACCCAAGACAAAUCAUCCUUUGGCCUUGCAAGUGUUUGGCGAUUUGCGACAAUUGUCGUUUAAGUUUGGUGUUACGGGACUUCAAUAGUUGCGUCUGCUGCCGCCAAGGUAUCGAUGGAUACAGUAAAGUAUUUAUGCCUUGA